AUGUUUGGACUACGUCGGCACGUUCUGACCUCAACAUGCAAGAGUGUUAAGGUGACUAGAAUCGCAUUACUGGGGACUAGAAACUCAGUCUCUAGCAUCAAAGGAUAUUUGAAAAACAUUGAGAAAAAUGAAAUAACGCAUAGUAUUGAAAAGAAAGAGUACGAGAGUGGAAGGCGACAAUUAGCGCAAAUAAUGGGUUAUGAUCCGGCGCAUUUUAGCCCUGAACAAGUUAAUGACGCGAUUGAAUAUCUCCUGCCAUCCUCGUUGUUCACCAAACGUGCUCGUCCUACCUUUAAAGAGCCACAUUUAGUGCUUCCACCUCAGAAGAAACUACAAUGUGAUGUAAAUGGGCGUCCAUUUAACAGUUUCUUCUAUACGACACAUCAAAACUUCUUCAAGAUCAUGCAUGAAACAGUGUAUAAACUGGAGGAGUUGAGGCUUCAGAUAGACCGCUCAUACUUCGAGAAAACGCCUAUCAAACUUCCUCCGGAUGGGACGUGUUUAACGUCUGAUGAUUGGGUAACCAAGUCGGAACUGAUGGAGAUGAUAAAUGAAACUUUGACUGAUUCGCAGUAUGAGCAGUGGAUAGUUUUAAUGAAGCGACUGUCUGAACAUCCGCUGUCAUAUAUGGCAGAAGAAUUCCUUCAGAGAUUCAGAGUCCGUCACAACGAUGCCAUUUCAGAUACUGAGUUUCCUGAGCCCUGUGUGGAUUUAGUAACGAACCAAAAAUAUAUCCGGGCCUUUGGUCAAAAAAAAAACGCAUUUGCAGAAGCGACGUUGUAUAUGCCUGGAACUGGUGGUUUUACGGUAAAUGGGAAACGCCUUCUAGAAGUAUUCUCGGAACUUGGGAAUCGAGAACAGAUAAUGUUUCCCUUACAGCAAACAAAUACACUUGGAAAGGUAGAUGUAAUUGCUACUGUUGAUGGAGUGGGCUCAAGCUCUCUGGCCAACGCCCUUCGAUUAGCAUUAGCGAGAUGCCUGGCCUCGAUGCUUCCCAUAGACCAAGGGAAAAACAGAUUAACGGUCACUGGACUCUUAACUCAAGACAAUAGGUUUGCAGAACGUAAACAGCCUGGUCAAAAGAAAGCACGCAAAAAGCCUAUUUGGAAAGCACGUUAA